AUGCUGGGCGAAUUUGAAGAGAUGUUUAAUGAAAUGAUGAACAAAAUCUCUCUACAGGCUAAUGAUACUUUUUCGAAAAUAUCUUUUACACAACAACCUAUUAAUGAAGUUCCCACUUAUUCCAACAUUGUUAAGUCGAAAUCGAUGGUCGUCAUCAAGCCUAAAGAUGCUGAACAAACAAAUUCAAAGACCAAGCUUGACAUUAUGAGAAAUAUUGAUCCCAUCGAUCUGAAAUUAGGAGUUUCCCAAGUAAAACAGAUUAAAGAUGGGGGCAUUCUGAUAGGCUGCGAUAACCCCGAAGGUGCCAAAAAUUUCAAAAAGAUAGCCAAUGAAAAACUGUCAACUGACUACAAAAUUUCCGAUGUUAGGAAAUUUCUACCAAAAAUUAGAAUAGUUGGAUUAGUAGAAAAUUAUUCCAGUGAUGAUAUUUUAAAAUUUUUAAGAGGUCAAAAUAGUGUUCUUUCUGAUGUUACUCAUCUGAGAGUUUUGAAAACUUGGGCUACACGUAAGAAUCCGAAUGUUUUUCAAGCAUUGAUCGAAUUGGAUGCUGGAGCUUAUGGUUUGGUGAUGGAUCUUGGAAAGCUGUUUGUGAACUUUGAUGCUUGCUCAGUCUUCGAUGCAACUGACGUUAGGAUCUGCUUCAGGUGUAGUGGUUUUAAUCAUAUUCAAUCCAAUUGCUCUCUCAAGAUAACUUGUCCAAAGUGUACCGGUGAACAUCCUUUGAACAAGUGUACAAGUUCCACCCUAAAAUGUAUAAAUUGUAACAACGCUAAUUUAGCAGAUACUUCUCAUGCUGUGUGGGACGCUGCAAAAUGUCCAAUCUAUAAGAAAAAAUUGAACAACCUUAAGUCUUCUAUUUUUGUUACUAAAUAA